CAUUCUCAUUCAUUCUCGACGUCGUCGAUUAGAGGAGGAAGAAGAAGAAAAAAUAGGAUUUUGGUUGCCAUAGUACAAGAAGAACACAAGUAUUCAAAAUGGUAUUUAAAAGGUUUGUGGAAGUUGGAAGAGUUGUACUAGUUACUUAUGGUGAACAUCGUGGAAAGUUGGGAGUGAUUGUGGAUGUAGUCGAUCAGAAUAGGGUUUUGGUGGAUGGUCCACAAACAGGUCUCCCUAGACAUACCAUAAACUUUAAAAGUUUGGCUUUAACCCCUUUUCAAGUAAAGAUACAACACGGUAGUCGAACGGGAGUUGUAAGAAAGGCGUUGGAAGAGAAGAAGUUGAUGGAACAGUGGAAGAGUACGUUGUGGUAUAAGAAACUUUGUUCACGAGAAAAUAGACGAAAGCUUGGAGACUUUGAAAGAUUCAAGUUGAUGAUUGCUAAAAAGAAAAAGGCUGCUAUGGUCAAUGGUCAAGUGAAAAAGUUGAAAAGCCAUUCUUAAAACUCAAUACUAUAGAAUGAAAUUCGGUUGUUGAUGGAUUCCAAUAUUUCCCAUUCUAUCUAUUACUGAAUAAUAA